AUGUAUAUGAGUUCCAAGGAAAGAUUACGGGAAAGGGAGCAGGAGAAGAAGAGGACGAACGGGCCAACGGGAGGGAGUGGGACAGGUCUCGGCGUAACCCUGCCAGAAUUCAACGGCGACUCGUUCAUGGCUGAGAACGUCAUUGGAGAAGAACCUGAAGAGACAUCGAACAAGGAGGACAGAGCAGCUCCCUUGCGCGACUCAAGUCCAGCCAUGGGCGGAGGGGGCGGUGGAAUUGACUCGGGGCGGCUCAUACCUUCACGGGACUCCUCUUUGCGGAAGCCAGCUUCAGCCAAGAAAAAACGGUCAACUCGGCGGUUGAGCCGACGACAUAAGGAGAGCAAAAACAACACCAUUGAGGAGCUAGACGAACAACAGCAGGAUCGCAAGCGCGAACGAAGCAAUCGAGACUCAAAGGCCAGUGAAGCGACAUCCAAGAUGACUGAAGCUUUGGACAGUCUGGAAAUGCCGCGCUCCGCUACAAACAAGCAUCAUUCUGAUGGUUCCAGGGAUUGUUUGAGCGUACCAGAAAAUGUUGAAGGAGUGGCUCCCGCACCAACUGUGAAUCAACGAAAACCCAGACAAAGUCCUGAACACGGUACCCGAUCAUCAAGCCAGAAUGGGCGAUCCGGAAAGGAGCACCCUGAACCUCCGGAUCCGGAGAAGCUCAAGCGAAGCAGCUUGCGGCUUAAGAGGUUAUCUACACCCCUCACUCCUCGGUCGGAAAAAGAAUCCAGGGCCAGUAGUUACUUUUCGAAGGCUGGCCCGCCCGAGCCAUUCAAGCCGCAAGCAUCAGCGGACGAUCGACCAAAUAGUGCUGAUUCUAUCGAUGAUGCUGUGGACGCAUACCUCUGCUCUCCAAGGUUAACACAGAAGAUUCGACAUCCGCAGACUGGUAGAACCAUCUCCUUCUCCGAGGUUGGCGACUCGGAGGGAUUCGCUGUCUUUUGUUGUGUCGGCAUGGGCUUGACAAGAUACAUCACGGCUUUCUAUGACGAGCUUGCCUUGACUCUUAAAUUACGUCUGAUCACUCCAGAUCGCCCAGGUGUUGGAGAUAGCGAGCCAUAUAACGAUGGAACAGCAACGCCACUCAGCUGGCCUGACGAUGUUUACGCAAUAUGUCAAUCGCUAAAAAUUACCAAAUUCUCGAUACUGGCCCACUCCGCAGGUGCGAUCUACGCCCUUGCGACAGCGCUUCGGAUGCCUCAGCAUAUCCGUGGUCGGAUUCAUCUUCUUGCUCCAUGGAUCCCACCGUCUCAACUGAGCGUCUUUGGAGCCCAAGUAGCUUCACCACCAGCGAAUUCUAUUCCAGCUUCGCAGCGUCUUUUGCGUGCCCUCCCCACUCCAUUUCUCAAGGCUGCGAACUCAAGUUUUAUGAAUGCAACGAGUAGUUCAAUAACAAGUAGCCUGCCCAAGCAGAAGCGUAACAAGCGCAAGUCAACUAGUCGUGAUGCCCCUGCAACUUUAGGCCGAAAUCCAGUCGCCCUAGGACUAGACAAAGAGAUUCAUGGCAGACAUUCGACGAUUUAUCCAGAUCCCUCCGAGCCAGGAGCCUUGAAGCGAGCAGCUAUGGACCUGACAGAUCAAAACCAUGAAGACGCCAUGAUAGCCGCGGCAGCGAACACGCUUGCAGACAAGAAACGCCAAAUGGCCUACGACGCGAGACUUACGCACGCGAUUUGGGACUUGGCUACUUCUGGAGCUAAUCCCGCAGUUGACCUCCUGGUCUGCUUGGAGCGCCGUCAUACGAUUGGCUUCAGAUAUGUUGAUAUUACCCGAGCAGUGGUCAUCCAUCACGGCAGCAAAGAUACGAGAGUGCCGGUAGAGAAUGUCAGGUGGUUGGGGAAGACGAUGAAAAAGUGCGAAGUAAGGGUGCUCGAGGGAGAAGGACACGGACUCAUGGCUUCGGCGGCUGUAAUGGGAGGGGUAUUGAUGGAGAUUGCCAGAGAGUGGGACGAUUGGGUGAAAGUCUCGAAUGCGGCAGGUAAUGGGAAGGUUGAGAGUCGGGCCAGGACUUUGAAGGAGAAGGCUAGCGCUGGAGCCUUCAGAUGA